GCCUCGUUGCUCAUGUCUACCCCCAACCCUAAGGGCCCUCAGCAACACCACCGCUUCUUCCCAUUCUGUGCAUGGCACUUGAGCAGAAAUCUGAGCCACAAUCCGCUGUCUGGCGGGCUGGAUUUCUUUCUGGACAUCCAUCCUGCGCCAUCCAAUAGCAACAACAAAGUGAUGGAUUACUAUCGCAUUGAUGUGAAUUCAUGCAACUUCUCAGGCCCCUUCCCUUCCUUCUCUGGUGAUUCUUACCUCCACGAAAUAUUUGUUGCGAACAACAGCUUCACGGGGCCCUUUCCCUCUCAUAUCCUGCACCCGGAGCUCACUGACCUCGACCUCUCAGCCAACCAUUUCUCAGGGCCGCUUCCCCCCAUAGACUCAGACAGCAUGGGCUACGGUUUCUUAACGAACCUAAAUGUUUCCCACAACCACUUCACUGGCGUGGUCCCGCUCGGCUUUUGGAAGCUUUAUAGCACCAAGACUCUGUGAGUAGACAUGUUACAUGAACACGGACU